ACGAAAGCUCAUGCUCCAAUAUGUCUGUUAGUCUAUAAGGUGCCACAGGACUCUUUGUCGCUUUUUAUAGAGGAAUAAUGUUGCUUAGUCAUGUAUAAUUGCUCCUGAUCAUGUUUUUAGCUUUAUCUCAAAUCAUGAUUGUAUGAGGUGAUGCACUGAUAGCAAUAAACUUUCCUGAUGAUAUACAAAGCUUUAUUUGUAAAGUGUUAAAACUGUAUGAGGUCGCCUAUUGCUACGCAGGCCAGCUGACAUUACAACACCCAAAACAAGUACCAGCAAAAUGUUUCCAAAACAAAAAUAUAAAAGAGUAGAAAACAGUGCAAACAUGACUUAAACCCCCUACUGUUACUUGUCUCUUGGUUCCAUGUUCUCUAUUCCCUUCUUUCCCUAUUUUCUGUGCACUUGGUGUCAGGCUGGGGAUGGAGGUAUCCACAGGAAAGGGGUUCAAGAAGGAAGGCUCCAGGGGGUUUAGUUGCUCUGUCCAGCUGCCUGUGGGGUUUGAAUGCAUGGGCUGCCCUAACAUGGAGUUGUCCAAGGUAUUUUUCGACUGAGGCCACAUUGCAGGGAGAUCAGGUCAUGGUGUAGGAGAGGCAGCAGGAGCUGGUGCUCCACCACCCAUGAUGAAGAUGAGUCACUCAGACAGUGCUCUCUGAGCUCUGUCCUCCUCCCUUAGCCACCAUUCCUGUUCUAGGAACUGUGUUGCAAGUACCUGCUCCAUAGCUGAAACCCUGUCCUGCCCUCGGGUGAAAAGCCUCAGCCUUUCCACCUGCCUCUCAGCAUGCUGCUGUUCCAGUCUUUCAUCUCUCUGCUGCUGGGAUUGGACUGGUUGUCAGCCCUUUCAAGAACUUUGACCGUAACUUCAUCACAGAAACGCUUCCGUCUGGAAUGGUCCACAAAGAAUUUCUCUGGAUACAACCUGGUUAAUCACAGUUCCAGAAGUGCAGAGACCAGGCCCCGAAUACACAUGCCCAAAGAUGGAUUCCAACUUACAUCUUCUGGAUACCAAGCAUGGCUAAAGCAGUGCUCUAUGCCCAGAUCUCUGUGGCUGGGCUGCUCCAGCCUGGCGGACAGCAUGCCCUCGCUGCGAUGCCUGUAUAACCCAGGGACUGGCGCACUCACAGCUUUCCAGAAUUCUUCAGAGCGAGAAGACUGUAAUAAUGACGAACCCCCUAGGAAGAUCAUUCCAGAGAAGAAUUCACUUAGACAGACCUACAACAGCUGUGCCAGACUGUGCUUAAACCAAGAAACAGUAUGUCUAGCGAGCACUGCUAUGAAGACUGAAAAUUGUGUGGCCAAAACAAAACUUGCCAAUGGCACUUCCAGCAUGAUUGUGCCCAAACAAAGGAAGCUGUCUGCAAGCUAUGAGAAAGAGAAGGAGCUGUGCGUCAAGUAUUUUGAACAGUGGUCCGAGUCUGACCAAGUGGAGUUUGUGGAACAUCUCAUCUCCCAGAUGUGUCAUUACCAGCACGGACAUAUAAACUCAUACCUCAAACCUAUGUUACAGAGGGACUUCAUCACUGCACUUCCAGCUCGGGGUUUGGAUCACAUUGCCGAGAACAUACUGUCGUACCUAGAUGCCAAAUCGCUAUGUGCUGCCGAGCUGGUGUGUAAGGAGUGGUACCGGGUGACAUCGGAUGGCAUGCUGUGGAAGAAACUUAUUGAGAGAAUGGUCAGGACAGAUUCGCUGUGGAGAGGGUUGGCGGAGAGGAGAGGAUGGGGACAGUAUCUAUUUAAAAAUAAGCCACCUGAUGGGACUGCCCCACCCAACUCCUUCUAUAGAGCACUUUAUCCAAAAAUUAUACAGGACAUAGAGACAAUAGAAUCAAACUGGCGGUGUGGAAGGCACAGUUUACAGAGAAUCCAUUGCCGGAGUGAAACUAGCAAAGGGGUUUAUUGUUUACAGUAUGACGAUCAGAAGAUAGUAAGUGGCCUGCGAGACAACACUAUCAAGAUCUGGGAUAAGAAUACAUUGGAAUGCAAGCGAAUUCUGACUGGACACACGGGUUCUGUCUUGUGCCUACAGUAUGACGAGCGGGUGAUCAUUACUGGAUCUUCUGAUUCAACCGUCAGGGUGUGGGAUGUAAAUACUGGCGAGAUGCUAAACACGCUGAUUCACCACUGCGAAGCAGUACUGCACCUGCGCUUUAACAAUGGCAUGAUGGUGACUUGUUCCAAAGACCGUUCCAUUGCCGUAUGGGACAUGGCUUCCCCGACAGACAUUACCCUGCGAAGGGUCCUGGUAGGACACAGAGCUGCUGUCAACGUAGUGGACUUUGAUGACAAGUACAUUGUGUCAGCAUCAGGUGAUAGGACUAUAAAGGUCUGGAACACUAGUACCUGCGAGUUUGUGCGCACCUUAAAUGGCCACAAACGAGGCAUCGCGUGUCUGCAGUACAGAGAUCGGCUAGUAGUGAGUGGCUCUUCAGAUAACACUAUCAGGUUGUGGGAUAUAGAGUGCGGGGCAUGUUUACGAGUACUGGAAGGCCACGAGGAGUUGGUGAGAUGCAUACGCUUCGAUAACAAGAGGAUAGUCAGCGGGGCAUAUGAUGGGAAAAUUAAAGUGUGGGAUCUUGUGGCUGCUCUGGACCCUCGCGCUCCAGCUGGGACUCUCUGUCUGCGAACCCUCGUGGAGCAUUCUGGGAGAGUCUUCCGACUCCAGUUUGACGAAUUCCAGAUCAUCAGCAGCUCGCACGAUGACACAAUCCUCAUGUGGGACUUCCUGAAUGACCCAGCUGCCCAAGCAGAAUCGACCCGCUCCCCGUCCAGAACAUACACCUACAUCUCCAGAUAAAUAACACUACACUGUACCUCGCGCGCACAGAACUCGUUUAAGCUGCAGUAUUUAAAUUAUCUGCCAAUGCCGGGACAAAAGAACUAUCCAUGUAACCAAUCCUUGCGGAAGAGAGAGGCUCUCAGAUUCAUUUCUGGAACAAAGUUGGCAUGCGGUUGAUCUCCAACAGGGUCUGCUCAGCGCAGCUGACUGCUUAAGUGCUGCUAUAUCAGAAGAUGUCUUUGGUCUUUCAUGAGCGAUUAACAUUUUUAAACCAUCCCUUUUCCUUUUCCCCUCUGCCUAGCCGCUCCCCUCGCCACUCCCCUGUUUUUUCCUCUUGCCCCAGUCACAGAUGUCCUAUAAAUAUAUUUAACGUGUUGCCAGAAUUCGUUGCUUUGGUGUUAAACGGAAGAACCAUUGCCACUGUGCAUCCUGCUGAGAAUCACUUCCGGGUCGGGGGGAAGGGGCUGCUGCUUAGAAUAUUAAACAACAUAAUUGCCGGGCUUUUGUAAGACCAUGUAACUGCUGACUCUGAAAAGCAACAAACACCGUGCUGGAGAGGAGGUGAGAGCCCCUGCUGCCUUUGGGCAUUGUGUCUGGAAACCGGGGCUUGUGGAGCUAUCGGGCAUCUGAAGCUGCUGACAGUCUGAAGCCAAAUCUGCCUCUUGCUUGUCCCUGUAACCCUUUGGAGGCUGGAUGUGUAUUGCAAUUUCCUUCCGCAGUCGUUGAGCUGCCAGUCUGGGCAGGGCCAGUCGUCAAAAGGUUAAACUGGCUUCUGCCAAAGUCCCAAGUCCAGUAUUGCCUGGGAGUGGGAAUCAGUUCCUGAGGGGUAGAGGGCAGUAUUUCACUAUCAGAGACAUUCUGUGUACCCAGGCUAGGGUUCUGUUUCUCCUGCUAUUGGCCCUGAAGACAGUAUGGAUUUUGUUAAUGGUUUAAGAUUUGUACUUCUGAUUAGAUAGAAACAUGAGGCUGGGGUGGGGAGAAGACUCUGGCACCCUCUUUCCUCCUCCCCCAGAAGAUGUCACAGCCAGAGGAUGGAAGAGGGAGCUGCAGAGGACCUUGUUAGCCCAGCUUUGGAGGGCUUUUGUGGCUGACCAUGUGCCUAAAUAAGGAUAUAAGAACUGCUGUAGUGGGUCAGAUAAGUGGUCCAUCAAGCCCAAUAUCCUGUCUCCGACAGUGGCCAGCGCGGUGCACUGUGACCCAGAGGGGAUGGCUGUGUUGGGUCCUGUGGCUGAUAUGGCAGAUACAGCCAGUUGGCUGGGGCAGGCCACAUGUGUUUUCUCAUUGGUUUAACCAGUGGGAUUGGCUGUCUUGGCCAGCUGGCUGUAUCUCUAGGCCAGCUCUGCUGUAUUUCUGGGGCUGGCACUGCUGGUCCCAUGUGCAAGUGAGGGAGAUGAGUCAUGUGACCUUCCUGACCCCCAGCCUUUUCUGCACCGCAGUUUAGGAACAGGACGAUAAUUAACCCGUGUACUGAUCAUCACCCUGAAUCGUCACACACUAGCCGAGACCUUUGAGAGCCACCAUGGCUCAGAUUGGAAAGCACCCUGCUGACAGGCAGGGCAUGAGGAGCGACUCUCCACGUCAGAGCCAGUCAGCUAGACCGAAAGAGCCAGUGGGGGACGCUGCAGGCGCUGGCUUCCCCACUGCAGUGGGAACAGCCAUCCGAGAGGCCUUGCUUUUGGAAGAAGAAGGGUUAAAUAAAAUAAUCUCCAGGCAUUCUAACCUCAGUUUAAGGUCUGUCAAAAUUUCUGGUACUAACCUUAGGCCCAGUUCUCCCACUGCAGGUCUUGAAUGACACCCAUUGCCUUCCCUGGGAAACUAGAGCCCUUUAUCUCCUCAACUCUAAGGUUGGAAUUUGGCAGAUGGGAGAUUUGACUGGUACCUUCUCACCAGCCUUGCUUUGCUGGGGGUCACGAUUACGUCACUAACUAGCUUUGCCGUCCUUUCCACCAGCGACGUUUUGCAGGUGACUAGGUGACUCGAGGAGCUAGCAGAUGGGAAGGCAGUGGAGACAUUGGAAGGUAGCUGGCAGAGGAGCGUGAGAAUCAGUGCGAAAAGAAACACCCAGCUCCUAUAUGUCUUCAGGAGGGCCUAGGACCUAGAGCGACUCUAAAGAGCCUCUCUUAGAGCUGGUCAUCGACACGCCUCCUACUUUUUAUUUGUUUAAAUUACUAUUGUAAAAAGAGCAAAAUAAACUAACUCUGUUCAGAGAACAUUUAUGGUCUAACUCAGACUGGCAGAGGCAAAGAAAUGCUGAGUCAAGACCAAAAGCUUAUCCUUAGUACUAGGCUGCACUGUCGCAGAGGUCGCUGGCUGCUGGUGAUCAGACAGAUCAGGCAUACUGGAUCCCCAAAGCACGUGGGCAGACGGACGGGUGAAUCAUAUUUUUCACUCUGAAUUGCUCCUGCUGAAGUGGAGGUCCAAGUCUCAUCCUUAAUAUUGUUUGAACACGGCUCCUUUUGGUGCAGUUGUUACAAAACUGCAGUGUGGCUGGGAGAGAGUGGAUAGUUACAUGGAGCUGGCUGCAGACUCAACAGCUUUUCUUUCCUCUGUUUGCCUUGUUGCUUUUUGGCUACAGGCUGUGCUAGAUGAUCAAGACUCUUUGCCUUGGAUGCGACAAAGGUUCUCACGGUUUUAUCAGUGUCCUUGGGGGCGGUGCCUGCUAGUGUGGAGUUUGUUUUGGUAGUUGUGAGGACUUGGGGAGAUCCAGAAUGCUUCCUGGCCAAACACAGAGACAACGUUGUUGCAAAUCACCAUUGGUUGUCCUAGCCCUGCUGUUCCAUGUUGCUAUUUUGAAACUUCUAAGCACUGCUGGGUUUUUAAGUGGUACCAGAGUUGUAAUUCUGCUGUAUAAAUCUGUAAGGUACAGUGUAUGAGCAACUGCUGCAAUAUUUUUAUUUUAUUUUUUUGGUAUGUGGUAGAGUGAUGUUUGACUCUUCAUGAGGGACUAUGUCUGGGUAGCUAAAAUACAGAAUUACUCAAUGGAGAAUCUUACCCCAGCCCUCAAGUUGUACAAAGUCCUACCCCAAAUGCCACGUUCCUUCUGAUGUCUAAGAAGGAAACUGAUCUAAGAAACUCAAAUCUGCCACAACUCCCAGCCUUGGGGUCAUCUGCUGUUCUGCACAGGAGGAAUAAUAUGGUUAUUAGACCUUCACGUCAAGAGGAAGGUGGCUUUCCAGCUUGUCCACUGAGGAUUUCAACAUGAAUUGACUGCGUAAUCCCCAGCAGGGCUGGAGUAAAUGCAGCAUUUAAAAAGAAAAGAGAAAUGAAAUUAGUCUGGUGAAAGGAGCUAGAAGCAAGAGCUAGAGAUGUGUAUGGACUCAGGUGUUGCACAUCCCUUUGAAAUAAGAUGCAUCUGCUGCAUCUAGACUGUCACUUCUCCCACGAUAGUCUUGCAUUUUGGACCCGGGGACUGGAAACUGGAGGUGGGACGUAAGAGCAAGACAAUCCAUUACAGCGCUGCCGACGCCUGUUGCAACUAGAUGUCAGGAGGGAGCCUUGCUGCAAACAUGCAUGUUUCUGAUCCCAGGAGGAAAGCUGCUCACGUCAACAUAUGCAAACUGAAAACGGGCGUGAAGGAAUUUGCAGCCCAGAGAACCUUUGCAGCUGUCCCUCUGCUCCAAGGGUUUCAGGCGGCGAGAGUUGAGGUCUGUGAUCAUUGUGAACAUCGAAAUGCUGUAAACUUUGUUUCUGAACUGGAAGAGGUUGUGGCCUGCCAUGCUUCCCCUUCCCAUCCACCUAUUCCUGCACUGAAAGGAUCCUUUAUUCUGUAUUUUAAUCCUUGUACACUUCAAAGCUGGAGAGUAAGGUGCAUAUUUUUCCUCUUUCUCCUCCCCACACUGUCUGAACAGAACAUUGGGCCUGAUGCUGAGACUCUCAUCACCCUGAAGUCCAGUUGGGAGUUGUGGGUGUUCAGCACCUGUCCGGAUUGGGCCUUGCACUCAAGUGUCUGUUGAUUUCCUUCUGCUCCCUUUUAGGUCUGGUUUUGUGAGCUGGGAUUCCUGAACUGGUCCAUGGAGCAUUUGGUCGAGUGAUGCUAGCUGCCCCUCCUCCUCAGCAGCUGCUGAUGGGGCAAAGGAACCAGCCUAGCUGCGGCAGGAAUAUGGCGAGCUCUUGCCUGAAGGACGGAAGGGGAGGCAGCCCAGGUGAUUGGAAAUGGGAGGGGAGAGUGACCCUCUGCAAAGGUGGGGACUACACUGAACAGUCAUGGCCUUGGUCUCGAUUGUGCACUGUUCUACAGUGUGCAGUUGGUUUAGAAGGAAGGAGAGUCUUCUGUGUAAGAGAGGGGAAAAAACCUUGUCAGAAACAACUGCUUCCUAGAAUUGCCGGAUUGAUUGACUCCCCGUUUUUUGUACCUAUUCGGGGUCGGGAGGACAAUCUGAAAUUGUCAUUGGGAAUUCCAACUGCCAAAGAGAACUUUACCGGAGGCCUCGUGCGGCAUGCAGGAUUAUUUAUCUUGCUCAGCUUUGCCUUGUUACCCCCACCCCACCACAGGCAGCAAGAUUUCCAGAGGGUAACUUCAGGUGAUCUCAGCUGCACCUCCAGAGGCAAGGUCUGCAUGUGAAAUCUCCUGUGACUGCCUGCUGGUUUUUGUCUGUGUGGUCUGCAGUCGUCCUACCCUCACUACGGAGUGCUGCUUAGGAAGACUACAGGUCCCUGCAUGCAAUGCUUCAUCUUGAGCCAAGCAGCCAUCACUUGGGUUGAGAUGGAAGAUGGCCUGCUGGGACUUGUAAGCUCUGACGUCUACACUUCUGUGUUGAAGAUACUGCCAGCUGCAUUCUGAGGCUUUUUUCGCAUAAGGUUUGGCCUUUCGGCUGCUGCUGGCAGGUUCCCAACUCAGCCCUCAGUUGGUCAGAGGUUGGCCACCGUGUCAUAGCGUGUGAUACCUAAUCUGGAUCAGGAAUCUACCCUCUCGCUACCUUUUAAAUCAUCCUCUAGGUGCUCUUCCAAACAGCCUGGUGGCCAGCUCUUCUGUCUGCCUGGUCCCAACAGCACACUUCCACGCAAAUAGAUUUCAGUCCGCAUUAGUUCUUGCCCAGUUACAGUUCUGUUAAACACAGAAAAUCCACCCAAGCGAUGACAUUAUACCCACCUCAGCCCCGGUGUAGAUGGCAUCAUGUCAGUGGGAGGGCUACACACACACACACUCACUCUCUCUCUCUCUCUCUCUCUCUCUCUCCAGCCGUGCCUGAGCAGAAUCCCACCAGCCCCUCCCCUCCCCCCCAGGGUCUGGUCCCGCGCUGCCGCAGCCACACUGCCACUUUUAUGUGCAAACUUGAGUAGAGCUAGCGUAUCCGUCUACCCAAACUGGGAAUUACAACUCCCAGCUGCUGCAUGGAUGUAACUAGAGGGAUGCAUUGCUCACCACAGGCCCCUUACAAUACUGCACCUGGCUACUGGCUACUUUUUAGCAAUGGACCAUCCUGAGACAUUUUCAAAUUCCUUUUCAUGUGACUCCUGUAUGGUUAUGGCCAGAAGAGUGACAUGGUAAAACUUGAUCCUCCUGACUGAGCCUGACUGCUGCCUGCCUGUCUUUGAAUCCUAGUCGCCGACUUCACUGGUAAAAUGUGUUGAUCCUGUUAGCACUGCAGAGCUGGUUAAAUUAUUGGUAAAGUUCUACUUCCUGAAUCAUUACUGCUGGAAGAGGGUGAUCCAGCUCUGAUCGUCAGGACCCAAGUUGAUGUCAGUGCUACUGAGCUGGCUUGUAAAAAGGAUUUUUCCUGCUGUGAAACUCAUUGAGAUGAUCAAUGUGGGACUCUGUACCUCUGAGUGUAACCCCACUUUCAGCUCCUUUCCUUGGUAUUCUGACAUGAGACGCUGGGCUGCUCGUUCCAUCCAUAGUUAUGAUGCAAAAGGCGCUGGUAACCCACGAAAUGUAAUUGAUCCAGUAACUUGUAAUUACUUUUACAGCAGAGCUUUUUAAUACCUCUGAGCACCCUAUCAUCCAGCUCAUACUGCAUCACCUUUAAACUGCUCAGGUGGGGGUGGAAGUGGAAGGGGUAGAAAGAACAUGGUCUCUUCAGAGUUUUCUGUUUGUUACUCUGCUAUAUUUGUUCUCUAGAUCCUUAAGUAAUGAGUGCUUUGAAUUUUGUGAUUAUGUUACAGUGACAUGUAGUUAAUGUUCACUUGAACUAGGAUCAUGGUAACCGUGUGGGGUUUUUAUUAUUUUAACUGUCCAGAAAAUAAGUUAAAUACAAGUGUAAUGUUAAACUGUGAAUCUGUUGUUUUAUUUGGUAUGGAGGGUGUAACCCUAAAUACAAAAAGUCUCAAUUCUUUGAGUCUCUGUCCAUGUGAGUCCCUCUUAUGGUCUGCCUAUGAACAAAGCAUCUCAAACCACCGUUACUGUAAGGUAAGUAACUGGCCUUUCCCAUGUUGCCCUGCAGUCAGGAUAAAUAUGGCCUCUUGUGUAGCACACAAAACCUGUGGUUAGCUAGUUACUCAGCAGCCAGCUGUCAUUCAUUGAUGAAUGAAGCUUAAAAGACUGCUCUGCCAGUCAGAAAACAGCAUAUUCCUAAAACCACAGCGUACUUUUUAAUUAACAAACUGCCCAUUCAUGGGUGAUGGCCCCUGGCUGGGCACACCAGUCCAUCCUGUAAGUCGGAGAAUGAAUGCAGCAGGUGCGUAAGAGCUGAAACCCAUCUUACCAUUUAAAAGCGGGAACCAGAGUGGGGACGACUAUAAGGAGUUUGUGCUUUUCUAGAUAAUCUUGUAAGAUCCUGGUUGGAAAAGCACAAAUUUCUUUUAUAAGCUAAUCGGAAUCCAGCUGUUCAAUAACAAGUGAGUAAUUGACAUAUCCCAGCACCAAGGCAGGACACAAUGUUUAGGAUGCUUUUGUCGUUAUAAUUGGCCUAAAAUUUGACUUUCACACCUUCACCCUGAAAAUACCUGUCCCCUUGUAGCGCUUUGGUUUACUCAGCAGCCCCUUUUAAAACAAAGGCAUCACUGGUUUGAAGAACCCAGCUCCUGGGGUGGAGAGAAAAGAAACACACACUGCACUCCUUGCUAUCCAUCUCCUUCCCGCCUCCAUUCUUGGGAGCCAGCAGGGGAUUUGAAAUUGCUAAGAUUCCUGCUUUCUGAAGUGCUGGGAGCAGGAAUCCUGUCAAUUUCAAUCUCCUUCUGUCUUUGUGACAUAAUUCUCAGUGGUUCUUUAUUUGGGGGAGUGGGGGUUAGAUUUGCACCAUUUUAACCCUUCAUCUCUUUCACUUACAGUAUCAGAUUUGGAAAAGGAAACGACUGUUGUCUGUUUAAAUGACUCCCAGUCACUCUGUGGGGUGGCAAUAUACCUGCCGCCUGGCAUGCAAAGAAUCAAACCUCUUCUAGUUACUGCAGAGCCCCCUUCUUCUUUCAAAGGUUCUGUUGGGGCCCAGUACGCUUUUCCACCGUUGCCAGCCCUGCAUCUUUCACAUCUGUGCAUACUUGCACCAGCCGCCAAAUGCCAAGCCAGACCAAAUUGCAACAUGUACUCACUCUGGAGCCACUCCUAGUAAUUCUACAGUGAAGAUCCUAUAUUGCAAGCAGUGUUUUCAUCCCCUCAUCUCAUCUGUAUCAUUUUAAUAAAUCUUUUUGGUUUGAAAAUGG